GGGAGCGUAGGGUUGCAUCAGUUGAUUUCCUGCCUGAUCAGGAUGGAAGUUUUGUAUGUGUCUGUGUGUUUUACAUUCAAGCGACUGCAAAAGUGCCGAUGACGUGGGUACUCCUGGGCAGGGAGUGUCCGCUCUACACCCCGGCAAGUGACGUCUUGCCUGAAGCAGUCAUGUGAUCCAGUCUCAUUCACAAAAAAAGGGAGGGGGGAGCGGGCAGCAAGCGGACUAUAUAAGGCCACGCGCAAGGCUGCAGCCAGCAAGGAAACUGGUACUACCGAGAAGGAGGCGCAAAGAGCUGCGACUGAAGCGAGGAGCCAGCCUCAAAUCAAGCUCCCCCCGCCGACCCAGACUCUGCCUUCGCCACACAGCGGGGGCGGCUGGAGUUAAAAAAAGAAUCUGACAAGCAGCGCCGGCAGCUUUUUUUUUUUAAAGAAACUCUAACCGUAGAAACCAAGUCACCCCCGAGAAGAAACAAAGGAGCCGGGAGAGGAAACAGCCCCCAGGCACAGACAAAGGGGACUCGCCUGCUCCCACCCGAACGAGCACUUCGACCUUGAAGGAGACCAGCGACCUACCCCCCUCUCUCCCCGCCGGCGAGCUGCAGCUGGGGGCCCGAGCAGCCGCUGCGAGCUCCCCUCCCGCCGCGCGCCGAGCGAUGGUCAACAUGCAAGUGUGCGCCCUGGAUUGCGAGACGCUGCGGGAGCUCCUGCAGGAGCGGGCCGCCCCGUGCCUGGUGCUGGACUGCCGCUCCUUCUUCUCCUUCAACUCCGCGCACAUCCUGGGCUCCGCCAACGUCCGCUUCAGCACCAUCGUGAAGCGGCGGGCCAAGGGGGCCAUGGGGCUGGAGCACAUCAUCCCCAACGAGGAGCUGCGGGGCCGCCUGCUCAGCGGGGGAUACCACGCCGUGGUGCUGCUGGACGAGCGCAGCUCGGACCUGGAGCUGCCCAAGCGGGACAGCACCAUCAUGCUGGCCGUGAACACCCUCUGCAGGGAGGCCAGGGACACCCGCAUCUGCUUCCUCAAGGGAGGGUAUGAAGCCUUCUCUUCUGCCUGCGCUGAGCUGUGCACCAAGCCAACUGCUCCCACCGGCCUGAGCCUGCCUCUGAGUGCCAACAGCAUGCCCAGCAGUGCGGAUUCUGGCUGCAGCUCCUGUGGCACCCCGCUCUAUGACCAGGGUGGGCCGGUGGAAAUCCUACCAUUUCUCUACUUGGGCAGUGCCUAUCAUGCCUCCAGAAAGGACAUGCUGGAUGCUUUGGGGAUCACAGCCUUAAUUAACGUCUCGGCAAACUGCCCCAACCAUUUUGAGGGGCAUUACCAGUACAAAAGCAUCCCAGUGGAGGACAACCACAAGGCUGACAUCAGCUCCUGGUUUAACGAAGCCAUCGACUUCAUAGAUUCUGUUAAAAAUGAUGGCGGAAGGGUAUUUGUGCACUGCCAGGCUGGCAUCUCCCGCUCAGCAACUAUCUGCCUUGCUUAUCUCAUGAGGACCAACCGAGUCAAACUAGAUGAGGCCUUUGAGUUUGUGAAGCAGAGAAGAAGCAUCAUCUCCCCAAAUUUCAGCUUCAUGGGGCAGCUACUUCAGUUUGAGUCUCAAGUCCUAGCCCCUAACUGCUCAGCAGAGGCUGGAAGCCCUGCCAUGUCUGUAUUGGACAGAGGAACAUCAACCACCACUGUCUUUAACUUCCCAGUCUCUAUCCCUGUACACCCUUCAUCCAGUGCUUUAAGCUAUCUACAAAGUCCCAUCACCACUUCUCCGAGCUGCUGAAGGGUAGAUGAACAUUUAUUCAGAACACAAAAACUUGACUCUUCUCUAAAAAGUGCAAUAACCCUAGGGACAGUGUCUUUAGUCAUUUUGGUUCACAUGGGAUUCCAUCCAUCCCAGAACACAUUGUCGCAAACACAGAGGGGCUGACUUGACUCCAGAGAGCUAGUUCUUUCUUGAGUUUGUUGGCAUAUUUUUGACCAAUAUCUGGAUGUCUACAAAGGAGACAAAGAACUGAACAUUGCUUUCUUCUCCUGAGUUAUUUCUCCUUUGUCUGUCAGUUCUAAGAGACUAGUCCUUGUUAAAUAGCAUACCCACUGGUAUUACCAUUUCUGGACAUUCUAAGCAACAGUGAUGCUGUCCCCUUUUAUAUGAAAGUCCUGUUAUUUAUUUAUUUUUGUGUAGAUGCAUUGUUCUUGCCUUCACAAGCCUGAAGUUUCAUUUCUAGAGAAACCAAAUACCUCAAUAUUUUUUGGGUACUGUAAUCCUGUAAAUAGAUCUUAAACUGUUUCCUAAGCACUGACGUGAAAGCACCAGAUGAGUGCUUUUUUUUUAGUUGCCCAGGGUUGUAUGUUUGCUGAUUUUAUUUAUGAUGUGAAAUAAUAUAUUUCUUCUUAGGAAAGAAGACAUGGUUUUGUUACGUGAUUAUGACUUUUUAUACAAACAGAAUAAAUUAUGACAUUUCUAUUGAAA